CAGGGCUUUUCCGGGUGCGUUCACUCUAUCGGACUUCGUCAGUGAGUGAAAGGAAUUGUUUUUCCUUUCUUAGAGCUGUAAUUUCGCCAAAAUGAACCGCAUAUUCGGCAAAGGAAAACCCAAGGCUCCACCACCGAACCUCACGGACUGCAUAGGAAGUGUUGACAAUCGGACGGAGUCCAUUGACAAGAAGAUUGCUCGACUAGAUGCUGAACUUGUCAAGUACAAGGACCAGAUGAAAAAAAUGAGAGAUGGACCUUCAAAGAACAUGGUUAAGCAAAAGGCCUUGAGAGUCCUGAAGCAGAAGCGAAUGUAUGAGGGCCAGAGAGAUAACCUGAUGCAGCAAUCUUUUAAUAUGGAACAAACUAACUACACAAUCCAGAACCUUAAAGACACUAAAACCACAGUUGAUGCCAUGAAAGUUGGCCUGAAAGACAUGAAGAAAGCGUACAAGAAUGUCAAAAUCGAUAAGAUUGAGGAUAUUCAUGAUCAGCUUGAAGACAUGAUGGAGGACGCCAAUGAAAUCCAGGAGGCCAUGAGCAGAAGCUAUGGCACACCUGAAAUUGAUGAGGACGACUUGGAAGCAGAGCUGGAUGCUUUGGGAGAUGAGUUCCUGAUGGAUGACGACAGCUCCUACCUGGAUGAGGCCUCAACAGCUCCUUCCAUCCCAGAAGGUCUCCCCGGCGAAAAGUCAACCAACCAGGACGGUGUUCUCGUGGACGAGUUUGGUCUUCCUCAGAUUCCUGCUACAUAAACAAGUGCUUCUUUUCUGCACUGUUCUAAUUUUAGAUAAUUUUUUGUAUUUAUCCAAAUGACACUCCCUGCCUUAGCAAACCAAAGCUUCUACUGUCUAACAAAUGAUGGAAAACUAUCUCUUUUUAUCAGGUUUUGUAAUUAAAAUUUGUGGUUAUUCUAUACGAGUGGGCUUUUUCAUACACAUCUUAGGUGACUUAGAAAUGGGAUUCUCUUAUCUUUGUACAGUCUUCUCAGCAUUGCAUUUGCCAACAAAAUAAAUUAUAUUUUUCAAACAACA